GUUUCGAAAUGAUUGCUUUUUCGGAUGACUUAUUAACAAAUCAGGAGGUUUUGAAGAAGUUGUCUUCCACUGUAAAUUGUGCUUUAGACGAAGCUGCGGUUAUCCUUAGUCGAAUGAGACCAUGUUCUACACUUGCUGAAGCUUGCAGUCAUGGUGAUAUUACAACUGUAAAAAAGCUGCUCAGUGAAGGCAAGAAUAUUAAUGAAGUGACUGAAGAAGGUGAAAGUCUAUUGUCGUUAGCAUGUUCUUCUGGCUAUUAUGAACUUGCUCAGUUACUGCUUGCGAUGAAAGCUAAUGUGGAGGAUAGAGGUUUGAAAGACAUGACACCUUUAAUGGAGGCUGCAAAUGCUGGACAUCUAGAUAUAGUUAAACUACUAAUUCAGCAUGGGGCUGAUGUUAAUGCCCAAACAUCUCAAGAGAAAAAAUUGAAAAGUUCCAAAGUAAAAAAUCAAGAAAUCAACAUGAAAGCUCAGCAGGAGAUGCAUGGUGCUAUGCCACCUAUAGUUUGUCCGGAAGGUAAUACGCCGCUGAUGUUUGCAUGUGCAGCAGGCCAUGAAGAUAUUGUGAGGGUUUUACUUGAUGCUGGUGCUAGAGUGGAAGAUCACAAUGAAAAUGGUCAUACACCUUUAAUGGAGGCUGCCAGUGCUGGUCAUGUAGAAGUUGCAAAACUUCUGGUUGAAAGAGGGGCUAGCAUAAAUACACAUUCUAAUGAGUUUAAGGAAAGCGCUCUCACUUUGGCCUGUUACAAAGGUCAUUUAGAAAUGGUUAGGUUCCUUUUGGCAGCUGGUGCUGACCGUGAGCACAAGACUGACGAAAUGCACACAGCAUUGAUGGAGGCAUCGAUGGAUGGGCACGUGGAAGUUGCUCGUCUAUUGUUAGAUUCUGGCGCGCAGGUUAACAUGCCUGCUGACAGUUUUGAAUCACCAUUGACCUUAGCUGCUUGUGGUGGUCAUGUCGAGCUUGCAAUGUUGCUUCUCGAUAGAGGGGCAAACAUUGAAGAAGUUAAUGACGAAGGUUAUACACCAUUAAUGGAAGCAGCUAGAGAAGGACAUGAAGAGAUGGUUGCUUUACUUCUAAGUCAAGGUGCCGAUAUCAAUGCUCAGACUGAAGAAACACAAGAGACUGCUUUAACAUUAGCUUGUUGUGGUGGCUUUUUAGACGUUGCUGAUUUCCUUAUCAAGGCCUCAGCAGAUAUUGAAUUAGGGGCUAGCACACCACUAAUGGAAGCUGCACAAGAAGGACACAUCGAGUUGGUUAGAUACCUAAUUACAGCCGGUGCUAAUGUUAAUGCGACAACAGCUACAGGUGACACUGCAUUGACUUAUGCUUGUGAAAAUGGCCACACAGAUGUAGCUGAUAUGUUACUUCAAGCUCAUGCAAAAUUAGAACAUGAAUCUGAAGGAGGCCGUACACCUCUAAUGAAAGCUGCUAGAGCAGGUCACCUGUGUACAGUGCAGUUUUUGAUAUCCAAAGGUGCCAAUGUCAAUAAGCAGACCGCUAAUAAUGACCAUAAUCCUCUAUCUCUGGCUUGUGCUGGUGGCCACAUUUCUAUUGUUGAGCUUCUUCUGGCUCAUGGAGCUGACCCAACUCAUAAGCUUAAGGACAACUCUACAAUGUUGAUUGAAGCUUCAAAAGGAGGUCAUACUGCUGUUGUGCAAUUAUUGCUAGAUUAUCCCAAUAAUAUGACUUCACCUCCUCCACCUCCUGAUGUAUCGCAGAUUCCUACUUCACCUCUUGAAAAUUCUGAGGCACCCAGAGUUCCGCCACAUGGAAUUCCAAUGUUCUGCCCUCAAGACUCUGAAGCUACAACUAUAGCAAAUAAUUCAUAUUUAGCUAAUGUGCAAGCUGUUCCCCGCAUUCAAGACCUGUUGCGUGAGUCUUUACCAACCACGACACAAGCUAUACCAAAACGGAAGACUGCUGAAAGAAAAACUACCCUAGUUAAAAAUAAUGAGGCCCCCUCCUCCUCGUUUUGUGAAAAUGCUCAAAGGUACCAUUAUCGGAAUAAAAGUAAUGCAGCUGCUCAAGCCAAUUCUUCAUCAAUCCAAGCAGAAACUAAUUCUAAAUGCAUAAUGGAAAAUGAGCUGAGUUCAAUAGGGGGAGGGGGAAAUAUUGAUACCAUUGAGGAGACUGAAUUAAAACCUAGCGAAAGACUCGAAAACUGUAUAAAUGCAAUGAUGAAGAAGGCUGAAAUGUUACAUCCUUGUCCAAGUGAGCAAAUAGUACAGAAGCAGCAAAUUCUUGAGGAACUUCAAAGGGUUGAAAGAGAACUCCAAGAAAAAGCUCAAGCUCAACUCUUACUAACUCAGCAUCAUCAAAAUUUGCACCCAAUAGGUGCUACUAUCAUUGGUGCACCUUUAACAGCUGUAACCAGUAACUCUGUGAAUUCAUUCACAGCUGUUCCUGGUUCCCGUACCCAGCAACUUUUAAUUAAUAGCGGAACUGUAGUAGACUUUGAAUCAUUAGCUUCUCUUACAGAUAUCUCUUCUGUUUCAAGUCAGUUAGGUUUAAAUCUUCAAUCCACUACUGCAACAACUAGUGUUCCUUUUUCACCCGCAGCUCUUCAUGCUCAACAGUUACUGUACCAAAAUCAGCAAAAAGCUCUCCAACAACAACUAUCCAAUGCGACUACAACCACGACACCAGCUGCUGAGUAUUGUAAAGCCAGAGUUGGCAAACCAGUAAAGCAAGUUAAAAACAAUAUCCCUAAACAAAUGCAGCAACAGGUACCUCUGCAGUCACAGCCUAACCAAAUAGGACCAAAUGAAAUAAAGUCUGAAUCUGAGACAAAUUUGGUAGAGGAUAUGGAAAAAAUGAACUUGAGAAAUAUUGUUUUGAAUGAGCAGCAACAGCAGCAAAUUCAGUUACAACAGCAGUUGCUUCACCAGCAUACACAACAGCAGUUUGUUCUCUCUGAAUUCACUCAGAAUCUUACCCUUAAAGGCACUCAGUAUUGUGAAGGUGCCAUUGCAGGAAUAAUGCAUGCCAUGGGAGGAAUUAAACUAACAUCAGAUAGUACCCAGACUCAUGCUAUUCCAAUGUACGACCCGGUGACUGUUGGGAAAGCUCUUCUACAACAACAGCAGCAGCAUUUAGUUCAACACCAGCAACUAACGCAAGUCAUUCAACAAGAAUCUAAAAGACAGCAGCAACAAUUACAACAACAGCAAACUCUCCAACAACAGCAGCAGAAUCUACAGCUACAACAGCAGCAGCAACACUUUGAAAAAAAUAUUAAGCUGAUCAAAGCUAAAACCAACCAAGUACAACAGCAUUCUCUGUUGCAUGUAAACCCUUCUCCUUUAGCUACCCUAGUUCAAGCAACUCAAAGUCAUCCGAAUUUAAAGCAACAGCUUACUUCUCAUUGUGGGGGAGAAGCUUGCACUCUUGUUGGAAACAUUCCUAUUGACGGGUCUGGUUUUUUGGCAUUAAGUGGAACUACUACUCCAGCUUUUCCUGUAUCUAUAGCAGUACAGCCUGUUAGUCAUACCCUUCCAAUAACAACUAGUUGUGGUGAACCUUUUCCUCAUAAUUUCCAGUUCACUAGUGACAGCAGUGGAUUGAUGGUUGCAGCACCUGCCAGAACUCUUCACGAUACCUUAGGAGAAAUCAUGUCUGGUCCCACUACACAGCUAGCAGGGACUCACAUGAAUUUGAUGCAGCAAUCUGUACCUUGUGUCGAAAGCUGUGUAAAUCUGACUGCAGCUGGAGGCAAGAGCCGUAGCUUAUCGAUGUCUUCUUUACCUAGUGUCAAUCCAUCAGCUUCCUUGCCAAUGACCUUCCAUUCAGUGACGCCAUCAAUUAUGCCUUAUGUUCCAGCUCAAGUGUCUGCAACGAGUGAAUGUAUCUCGCAUCUUCCACAUGUGCAUCCAACUGUGCCUCCCCCUCAACCAACAUCUCAAGCACCCCCUACCUACCCUCCUCUCGAUUUAAAUUCUCAGACGGACAGUAAUCAUGACACGGCACUUACUUUAGCGUGUGUUGGGGGACACGAAGACCUCGUCAGCUUACUUCUUACGAGGGGAGCUGAUAUUGAACAUCGUGACAAGAAAGGGUUUGCUCCUCUGAUGCUCGCAGCAACUGCUGGUCAUGCUGGAGUUGUUGAAAUUCUUCUGAAUAACAAUGCCGAUAUCGAAGCUCAGUCUGAAAGGACGAAAGAUACAGCUCUAUCUUUGGCAUGCUCUGGUGGUAGAUAUGAAGUUGUUGAUAUUCUACUUGCGAGGGGAGCUAACAAAGAGCACCGAAACGUAUCCGACUACACUCCAUUAAGUCUGGCUGCUUCUGGUGGUUAUGUUAACAUCAUCAAACUCCUCCUAAGUCAUGGUGCUGAAAUCAAUUCUAGGUGCCGAAAUUGUCUGUUUUGCAGAACUGGAAGCAAACUUGGCAUCUCUCCCCUCAUGUUGGCGGCCAUGAAUGGACAUGCCCAAGCUGUCAAGCUUUUAUUAGACAUGGGCAGUGAUAUCAAUGCCCAGAUUGAAACAAAUCGUAAUACUGCCCUCACACUAGCCUGCUUUCAGGGGAGGCAUGAAGUUGUCAGUUUGCUCCUGGAUCGGAAGGCUAAUGUGGAACACAGAGCUAAGACUGGAUUAACACCUUUAAUGGAAGCUGCAUCUGGAGGUUACGUGGAAGUAGGUAAAGUUCUGCUCGAUAAAGGAGCUGAUGUCAAUGCUCCACCUGUGCCUUCUUCUCGAGAUACUGCACUAACAAUUGCUGCAGACAAGGGCCAUUAUCGAUUUGUUCAACUUUUACUUGAAAGGGACGCUACUGUUGAAGUAAAGAAUAAGAAAGGAAAUUCACCUCUGUGGUUAGCAGCUAAUGGUGGGCAUUUAGAAGUUGUUCAACUCUUAUGUGCUAACAGUGCAGAUAUCGAUAGCCAAGAUAAUCGUAAAGUUUCCUGCUUAAUGGCUGCUUUUCGCAAAGGGCAUGUCAAAGUAGUAAAAUGGAUGGUUAAGCAUGUGUCUCAAUUUCCAUCUGAUCAGGAAAUGGCCCGAUAUAUGAGCACCAUCACUGAUAAAGAUCUUCUUAAAAAAUGUAGCCAGUGCGUUGAUACGAUAAGAAUCGCAAAAGAGAGGCAAGCAGCUGAAGCCAAUAAGUUUGCUAAUAGUCUGUUGGAAGAAAUAGACCUUGAGAGAUGUCGUGAAGAAAGCAGAAAAGCAGCUGCAGCAAGACGCAGAGAGCGUAAAAGAAGGAAGAAGAGGGAAAAGCAGGAGCAGAUGCGAGCUGCGAAAGCUGCUGAGGAGGAGUCUAAAAAGUCUGAAAAGAGUGAUUCUCAACACAAAAAUCAACUUAACCAUCAAAGCGACCAGUCUGAUGUAGAAGAUGAAGAGGAUGAAGAUGAUGAUGAAGAAGAGGAGGAAGAUGAAGAAGAGAAAGAUGAUGAAGAGAGUAGAGUUGUAAAACCAAGCACAAAUUUUGAAUCGUCAAAGACAACCCUCAACAGCCCAAGUAAAGGAAGAAUUACAAAUUUACCAAAUAAUGAAGAUAAAUUAAAAGAAUCUAUCUCAAUUAGCCAAUUCGAUAAUCAGAACCAAUCAAAUCAAAAAUCGGGUAACGAGAUGUCUAGGUCUGAAAGGCGUCGUGAAAGGGAACGAACCAAAACUCAGGAUAAAAACAAGAGAAAUAUUGUAAAUAAGUCCUCAAAUUCUGAUAGCAACAAAAGCUCAAAUGAGAUUGUUGUGACGGAGAAAAUUAUACCUAAAGUUACUGAAACAGCUGUGAUAAACAUUUCCUCAAUUUGUUCUAGCAACCGAAAUAGUAAAAAACGGAAUCAAAAGCAAGAUGUCACUGUGAUCUGCACAACUAUUGUAACUGUACCCUCUGUAACUACCUUGAAAAAUUCCACUACUACUUCAACGCCUCUCAAUACUUCAAGUUCUAAUGUGGAAGUCAAGAGCCAAACUUCUAAUCAUAAGCUAUACAAGUCCAAAGAUGGUCUUAUGAAUGGCAUAAGUAGCAAUGCAGUUUCUGAAUAUGAAGAACUUAGAGCACUAUUUUCUUCCCCACGUCUAAAGAGCAAGAGUGCGGUAGAAAAGCUAAGUCUGGACUCUCUGGAAGAAUUAGCAGCACUUGAUCUUCCAACUGAUGUAACUCUCUCAGCUGGCUUAAGGAGUCCAUCUGCACCCAAUCUGCCAUAUACUAUUAAAUCUUCCCUAACAAGUAGUGCUUCUCCUAAAAAAUGGCAAAAACGUGAUGAAGGAUGGAAAGAAGUUGUUCGCAGCAAACUGUUUAAUAGAUCCAAAAAGGUCACUGUUCCUGCUAAUGCUAUCAGCAGAGUCAUCGGGCGUGGCGGAAUGAAUAUAAAUGCAAUCAGAGAACACUCAGGGGCCCAUAUAGAGGUGGAAAAGCAAAAAGGACCGGGUGAUCGUACCGUGAUUAUUAGGGGCUCUCCUGAAGCUGUACGCCUAGCUCAACAGUUAAUAACUGCCUUAAUUAAAGAACCUGAAAAGGAUUUAUCUGAAAUACUAUCUAGGUGUGGCAUAAAUCGCCUCACAAAUUCAUUUCCUGAAAGUUAUCGAACUGCUGCAACUAUUGGUGUUAUGAGCCAGCCUCUUCCAUCUGCUGCACAGGUAUCUACUGCUUCUAAUUUAAGUAAAACUACAAGGCAACAGAUUGUUACUAAAACAUCAGGGACUUUCACUGUAUCUGUUUCCAAGACAACUUCCAUUCCACCUCCUAGCUUACCUGCUAAUGCUACUCCUCCAUUUACUAAUCAAAUUAGGUCUGUUUUAUCAAAUGCUCAGAAUAUUAGGCCUGGUAUUCCUGGCACCAAUACAUCUACUACACCACCUUUUCUUAGUAAUGGACAAAAUGCCUGGACUGGUGUUGUAACAGGUAAAGUUCCGACAAAUAUGCCUCGACCGUCAGUUCCGAUUUGCUCGCCGUCGUCAUCCAUGAGUGUAACACCAGUAGUUACAAGAAUUACACCUGAUAAAAGUCCUGUUGCUAGACAGCUUUUCAAUCAAGAUAAAAAGAAUAGUAGCUUACCCCCUGGUACCACUACUUCAACAAAAACUACAGUAUCUUAUACUAUGGCUGUAAUUGCCCAAGGAAAAGCUUCUAAGUCAGUACCAGCAAAUAUUGUCUCUGUAGCUUCUAAAGUCACUGCAGCUGCAGAUACAAAAAUUUCAACAAUAUCUCCGAUAUCUCAUGAAAGAGCAGGUAGUGCCCCUCCAUCCACUGCAGUGAUGCAUAGUCAAAUAGCUUUAAGUCAUGGUUCUUGCUCUGGGCCUUCUCCGGUUCAACCUUUUACCACCAACCAAUCACCUAAACUUCCUAAUGGGUCAACCAAUUCUCAACAGGGAACGAAUAGCAUUGUUGAGCCAAGAAUAUCUAUCUCACAAACACCUAUCCAAUCCAAACCAUUUGUAAAUCCAGUUGCAACAACAGCCCAAACAAGUUCUGUAACUGUUUCUUCAUCUGCAACACAUGCUACCCUAAAUUCUGCAUCAUCUGGCCAAUCUACUAUUGCACAAGAGUAUUCACCCUUCAGUAAUAUUUUUGCCAAAGUUGCUCAAAGUGUAUGGGGUCAAAAAGAUAAAGAAAAUUCUAAACCUAAUUUUGCUAGUGUAGCAGCAUCCGGUGUAACUUCAGUAGCUGCCCAAGUUCAAAAUUCAAAUCCAGUUCAAAGCUCACUAACACUUACUUUGCCUCAAAAUGCAGAACCAGAGUUAAUUGUAGAUGUCGCAAAAGCACCCGGUUAUCGGGGUAAUCUUCAUAUAUCACCCAGUGCCUCCUCUAACUCCUCAGCUUCAUCUAACCCACCACAAAUAGGAAUACCUCACAGUUCCAAUUUUGGUCCUAUCGGUAGCGGACCUCGUAGUGCACCUUGUACCCCACCACUGGGUCCCAUAGGACCUCCGUCCUCGGCUGCACAGAGUGCACGUCGCUCUACUCCUCCAAUUGCUCCUAGUCCACCACCAUCUGGACCCCACCUCUCACGUUCAUUACCUGAAUCCCAAAAUUCUACAUUAAGUGAAAUUCCCAGGUCAAUGUCAAGUGGUGGCUGCUCUGUUCUUCCAUCAGCCCCUCAUUUGACAUCUCAAAUGUCAGAGGUUAUGUUUCAUCACCAAGGACUUGGUUUAUCUUCUCAUCCCAGUCGCCUGCAAUCUUAUCCAAUGGCUUCAACGCUUUCAAGUCCUGGCGGAACAAAUACCACUUUUAGCCAGCAUAGUCCUUUGUCCUCCGUGGGUUCCAUUUUACCUGAAGGUGCAAAUAAUGGAAACAUGCAAGUCGUGCAAAGUAAUCUUAAUGCUAAUGCACCUGAAUUCGCUAGUCGAAAUCCCUCAUUGCUGAUGACUCAGCAUGGUCCACCUAUGCAUCAUUUGCAGCGUUUGCCAUCUGGUGCAGUCAACUUCCAAGAAAAUUCUGUGCCGUCACCUUUAGCCACUCAGUUUAGGCCAAUGUUACCGAACACUAGUAAUUUAAAUCCAAAUUUCAAUUUACAUACCUUAGCUUCACUACAGCAAGCUCAAGCAGCAAUGACAAAUAGGUUCCCUUACCAGCAUGUUCCAAAUCAUCAGCAGCAACAACAACAACAACAAAGUGGAGAAUUCAAUCCGAAUAAUUCUAAUGGUGGAAUGAGUUCUGUAGUGGGUGGAAUGUCUCAUGAUGCAGACUCAUUACCUCUUUUAAGCAUGGUCGCUGGAUAUCAUCCCUCUGGAGUUGUUCCUGGUGCUGGAAAUAUUCAUUAUCCUGGGAUGCAGCCUAUGAUGGGGAUGAGACAAAGCCAAAGGUCAUCAAAUAAUACGCCUUCUGUUGGAACAUCUUCAAAAGAUGAGGGGUCUCCAAUGGCAUCAAUGUCUCCCAGUGCUUCACCUCAAGGAAGCAAUUUACCUUCACCUACUGGUAUGAAUAUGCAAGAGAAUCCAAACCCUGCUGGCACUAUUGGUGAGGAUCGCAAAUUACCAAGGCCGAUUGGUACGGAGCGAGCACAGCGAAAAAAUCCUAUCUAUGGAGGUGUGUCAGAUCACACUACUGGGAUCUGGGCCUUUAACUCUGCAGGCAGAUCUGCAGCAGAAAUGCCCGGUACAGGAGAUUGGAUUCAAAAUAUGCAGGGGACAUUAAAUCCUAUCCAACAAGAUGAUGUAAGAAUACCACCUGCCAUGCACAAUUUCAGUAAUAAUAGGUUUGCUGAUAUGAUGGCCAUGGAGAAUAAUCAUCAGAUUGAUCAGUCAUUCCAGGCCAUGACUGGUGGUGGGUUCCCUUUCGUCAAUGGACUACCUCCACAUUUGCUAGCGCCUCACUUAUAUCAAAAUAAUGCUGCUGCAGCUGGACCUGGACAAGUGGAUCCCCAAGUAGAGAUGUGGGGAAUGCACCCCAAAGUACCCUCUGGUGAUGGCCUACCGCAAAAUGUAGAUCAUAAAAUGACCUGGCAGAAUUGGAGCCCACAUCAAGCCUGAUGAAUCCUUUCUUUUCUUCCCCCAUUUUCCUUAUCACUUGAAAAACUCGCCCUGUAGUUUAAAAAAAAAAAGUUAUUAAACCAUGGCUUCUACUUUUGCUCUCAACGAAGAGGUUUGCUGCUGCUUUAAUGGACUUUGUAUUCAGAGACUUCUUCAUUUAUCUGUUUAGUAUAAUAAACUAUGCAAGCAAACUGGUGGUUAGAGGAAUUUAUUGUAAUAAUGUUUAUUCGCUGCGAUUGGGUAAAUAUAAUGUAUACAGAACAGAAAACUUAAUUAUAAAAUUUUAUUGACUUUGAGAUUUUCAAUAUACUUGGAAGUCGUGAGAAUGUCAUUGAGAGAUGGAAUGUGUAUUGAAAAAUUUCGUGUAUGAGUAAAAUGUUUCCUACCUGC